UAUCGGAUUACGCUCGCGGUGACAUCGUUUCUCUGAUAAGAACACAGCGACACUCAGCGAAAUUUUACCACCAGUUGUUUUAUCCUCAGAGCAUCCUCUGACUUGAUCCCCGCCAUUUAAUCCUCGCCAUGAUAUACGCCUAGCACUAUUCUAAAACGUGCCCAAGGUGAAUAUGCUAUCCCGUCAACCUUAGCGUCACGCUAAUAAUAGGUGAUCGUGCCUCCGGUAAUGAAUGGCCCACCGUGGAGUUCCCUCUACUUCCUCGCAGUACUUCCCUUGACACUUCUUACACACGCAGCAACCUAUUGUACAUACAACUGCCAUCCCAGAAGCUACUGCGAUAAUUCUACUGGGGUUCCUCAGUGUGUUUGUGAAUGCGGAUACCAUGGCAACGGAACAUUCUGUUCAGCGUACGAGCCGCCGCUUGCAAUCAGAGACAUCAGGGCCACUCCGGAUGCACAGCUUUCUGCUUCGUCAUCUUUUGACUCGCUGCACACUGCAACAGAAGGUCGACUCAACAACAACAUGAGCGCGUGGUGCGCGCGGACCAACACAUCUAACCAGUUUUUACAGAUUGACCUUGGCAGCACGUACCGAAUAUCACGUGUAGCGACUCAAGGCAGUCCCCACGGCAACCUGACCGGCCAUGUUACGUCAUACAAAAUAUCUUACAGCAUCGAUUCCGUCACGUGGCAAACGUACAACACGCACAACAGCGCCGUAGAACAGGUCUUUGUUGGAAAUAUCGACGAGUCGUCAACAGCUUGUAGUUUCAUAAACACGACGCACCAGGCCCCGCUCGUAGCAAGAACGGUCAAAAUAAUUCCUGUGACGUGGAGGCGUCACAUAUGUCUUAGAGUUGAACUAUUUGGAGAAUUGUUGGAUCAGUGCAAAGAAACCUGUCAUCUGAAUGCUAGCUGCUUUGUAAAUAACUCAUAUACCACGAACACAACCUGUGUAUGUCGACCAGGCUUCACUGGCAAUGGAAUCAACUGCACAGAUAUCGACGAAUGUGCAUCUGCUAAUUCCUGUUCUGCUGAUCAAAUUUGUGUAAACACUGUGGGCUCGUACGCAUGCGCAUGUCAUGCAGGAUUCACCGGCUCCAGGUGCGCCGACCUUGACGAGUGUAAACUUGAGCCCAGUCCGUGCUCGGAGUAUGCUAAUUGUCGAAACACUAUUGGUUCGUUUUCCUGUCAUUGUCGACACGGAUUCACAGGGUUCGGUCUCGCAUGCAUUGACGUGGACGAAUGCGAAGUCACGACAGCACGUUGUCAUAGUAACGCUAGUUGUGUUAAUACCGUGGGCUCAUAUUACUGUUCGUGUCACGUGGGGUAUGAAAUGGACGGCGACACUGGGCGCUGUAUAGAUAUCGACGAGUGUUUGCGCGACCGCGGUGCAUGCGGAGACUGGUCCACGUGUCAAAAUACUAUUGGUUCAUACUUUUGCAUAUGUCGGCAUGGUUACAGAAGCCGAGAUGGGCGAAACUGUACAGUUUCGCAUAAACUCGAGGAAGCCCUUGACUUCGACUCGUCUGUAAAUCUUGCUAUUGCUGUCGGACUACCUGUGGUAGCCAUAGCGGUCAUUCUGGCUCUGGUUGGUGGCUAUUUUUUCUACAAGUCGAGGAUACACUCCCCUUGUCACCGCAAUUCGUCACCCCACGUGACCGGGUCACGCCCUCCAAGCACAGUGUUCGGUCACAUCGAUCAAAUGUUCGACGAUGAUGCCCACAAGAGGUUGCGUGACUCGGUGUCAUUACGCUCCUUCCAGUUCAACAUUCCCAGCGUACGCCACUCACUUGUCACGCUCCAUAACAUCAACAACACGGAUAAUGAGAAACUACAUAUUUAAUAAUCCUGCCAAGCGGGCUGCUUGAUGCAGACAGCUAAAAUGCCGCGCUUAAGUUACUAGCUACAGUCCUGGGGAAGAUAUGCCUCGAAUCAGCGGUUACUUUAGACCCAUAAUGUCUAUGCGCCUUACAAAGAAAAAAGAUAAAUGUCUAGUUUAUUUUACACUCCGUAAUUGUAGCAUGUGUGAUACCAAUUAUAUUGAUAGAACUUGCUGGAAACAGAACCAUUGUAAAGAGAGCUAAGCAUGGCUUUAUCACCAAAUGGUUUCCAUGAUAACGAAACUUGGCUGAAAAAUUCUCAUUUAGAUGAUAAGAAUUUUCCGUCGCUCUCUGGCAACAGGUGAUUGCCGCAUUGCUUUUAUAGUUCUCUUUACCAUGGUUGGUUAUAGAGUUAACAGUAUUCAGGGUCCAUUUACGCUUGUGAAGGAAGCAUUUAUCCCAUAAUAAUUAUAAAGUUUCACUCCCUUGGGCCUCGUGCAAACAGCGUCAACAUUUAGAAAUAUUAUAGUGGCUGGUUUCUAACUGUAUGGAUGUUUUGCGUGGUGGUAAAACCGAUGCCAAAUACUGGCGACACUGUUUUUCCGGCUUUUAGGUACUGAGGAACUUUACUGGAGUUUCUUACGAGUUACUCGAGGUUUUGGGUUACAAACGUUUCGAGUUACCAAGCGUUCGAGUUACAAAAGGUUCGAGUAACUUCUGACUGUCACUAGAAGUGGGCAGUUUGGAUUUAGUUUAAUUAAUGUGUGGGUACAAUCCACAAUUUAUCUCACCAUAUGUUUUAUACAUAAUUCCUCUCCCCCUUCCAUCAAAUUAGUGCCGCUCCCCUCAAGAAUGGACUACAGGAUCUAACAAAUUAUGUCAUGGCCUUGGUCUAUAUAAUGUAGACUGAAUUGCUUUUGAAUCUUAAUGUCUUAGAGUCGUUUUCUUGCGGGCGUUAGAAAAUACUCCAAUUUGCAUAAUUUACAUCCUUCACUUCCGUGGAAAUAGUUUCUAAUCCAUUAUAAGAGCAUAAAGGACACACCGCUGUUGAGAGAGCUUUUAAAAAUGGCGUAUUUCACGGGUAUAUGACGAGUUUAUAUGAAAAACGCACGUUUUCCAGAUUAAUUGAGCUGGACGCAGGUUUUUUAAAAAGACCUUGUGUGUUCUUUUUGUAAAAACAAGAAAAAGAAUUUAUAAAGUAUACGAAGAUACCAAUAAAGUCAUCAAUUUACGCAGA